AUGGCUACACGCUACCGACAUACCGGCGCGGUCGACAUGCAAAAUCGCACGCGACAAGAGCGUCGGUUUGACGAGACAGAACACGACUUGUCCAACUUCUCGCCCUUCACAUCUGCUCUAAGCCCGACCGAUCGAGUCCUUCAGCUGUUUUCGUACUUGGGCAAGAAGAACCCUUUCCCUCGCUCUAUUACGAAUGAAGACACCCUUUGGUUGCUCGAUAAUACUGCCUACCGCAAUGAGAGUACGGGAAAAUGGGAAGCGGAAUUUGUUUCAGCUGCCUUCUCUCAACAUUCAUCUUGCGCCGUUAUCGACGCCGUAAGUGCCAUCGCCGGUAAGAUCGAUUUAGACAGUAAAGACCCGAAUUAUCCUACCAUCGAGGAGCGCAUUCGACCUUUCGUACAGGAUAUCAAGCCCGGUGCUCAGGCGAAGGCACUACAGGGAGGGAAGACACCGCUCAAGCUUGGUCCCGGUGGUAGAAAUGGUAUUAGUAGCGACAUUAAGAGGCUUCCUGACAAUAAGGGUGGUAGCCUUAUUCCCACAGUUGCCGAGGUUCCCAAAGGCGCCAAUGGCAUACUAGAAAUGAAGACGUUCUACGCUGAUCCCGAGGGUUGGGGUAUAAUAUCUGAUAUAGAUGAUACGAUUAAGAUCACUCAGACAAGUGAUCCUAUUGGCAUCCUGCGGACGACUUUCCUCGAUACGCCUGAAGUCUGUCCCGGGAUGCCGGAGCUAUAUCAGUUUAUACAAUCCCUCGUCCAAAAGUCCUCGCCGUGGUUUUAUCUUUCCGCGUCGCCGUAUAACCUAUAUGGUUUCCUUCGCGACUUCUGCAGAAAGAAUUAUCCGCAUGGCACUAUCAUUCUUCGUGAUGCGAGCUGGAUGAGUUUACCGGGGUUAUUAACGACUCUUACUCUUGGUACAGAAGAUUAUAAGGUUGAUCGAAUGGAAAAGAUACACUCGUGGCUUCCGAAGAGGAAGAUGAUUUGCAUCGGUGAUUCGACCCAGUCUGAUCCUGAGGCUUAUGGUGAAAUCUAUCGGUCAUAUCCUGGUUGGGUCAAGGUGAUACUCAUUCGCAAAGUUGAAGAUAUUGCGGCCAUUGGCAUAGAGGCCAAAAAUGAACCAGAAAGAUUCGAGAAGGCCUUCAAGGAUGUGCCUCGUGACGUUUGGCAUGUGUUCUCAGACCCAGUCGAGUGCCGCAAAAUCAUUCAGGAUACAGUAUCGAAGUCAUCUUGA